AUGAAAGACGAUGAAGGGAAGGUUGAUAAUACUAUUUGCUGGCUCGAUGUUGUCCUCGCAUCUUCCUAUAAUCCAGCGCGACGAGAAGAUGGCUGUUAUUAUUUACAGCUUGAUGGACGCAGUGGGUUGAUUCGGGUGUCAGAAUCAGACCACAACUUUAUCGAGUCCGGCCUUCCUCAAAAACUCAUUGAUCCACGCUCAUACCCGCGCGAUGUAAAGUCCGAGGAAGAGACGAUGCAGUUAGUCGGGGGGUUGUUAUUGAAUUUGAACAAAGUUGCCUCACAGAUCAUCGGCUUGAACAACAAAUGCCGGGAAAAAAUAAACCAAAGGCUUGAAACUAUCAAGCAUGUUAGCGGCGGCUACUCUCAAGACACUUGGAUCUACGAUAAAUCGAACCAUGUAGAUCUGCAGAUGACUGAGCCUCCAGAACCGACGACACCAAAAAAGGUCGGAAAUCGCAAGCCGCCUUCUGCAAUGUCUCCAUGGAAGCCGGAGGAACUAGAUCGUUUAUCCCGGUGGUUCCAAGCUCACAAGCGUUUAAAGAACAAUCAAAUCGAGGCUAGAUUUGCGAAGGACUUCGGUAGAUUUCGAACUCAUG